UUUUCUUUUACCUUUUCCUCUUUACUCUAGAGGUCGUGAAGGAGGCUUACCAAGCUCUUCAUCUGGUAUUGUUGAUUAUUUACGGACAGGAUGGCACUUUUUAGAAUAACAGCUACACGAACCCUCGAAUCAAAUCAGGUUUUCCCUGUGCUUUCUCUCAUAGCCAGGAACCUUACAGAUGCCUCCACAGAUCUUAAAGGUAUUCUGGCCAAGAAAAUUCCCAAAGAACAAGAAAGAGUGAAAGAGUUCCGCAAGAACUAUGGAGCUCAGAAGGUCGGAGAGGUCACCGUUGAUAUGAUGUACGGAGGUAUGAGAGGCAUCAAGGGUCUGGUGUGUGAGACGUCAGUGCUGGACCCUGAGGAAGGUAUCAGGUUCAGAGGCUACUCCAUCCCCGAGUGUCAGAAGCUGCUACCCAAGGCUAAGGGAGGCCAGGAGCCUCUGCCAGAGGGUCUCUUCUGGCUCCUUAUCACUGGAGACAUUCCUACUGAAGCUCAGGUAGCAGCGAUAUCCAAGGAGUGGGCGAACCGCGCAGGUCUGCCAUCCCACGUGGUCACCAUGUUGAACAACUUCCCCAGCAACUUGCACCCGAUGUCACAGUUCAGUGCGGCCAUCACUGCCCUCAACAGUGAGAGCAAGUUUGCCAAGGCCUACUCAGACGGAGUCAAGAAGGGGCUGUAUUGGGAGUACAUUUACGAAGACUCCAUGGACCUGAUCGCCAAGUUGCCUGUGAUCGCCGCGACGAUCUACCGCAACACGUACCAGGACGGUAAGGGUGUUGGAGCUAUUGACCCCAGCAAGGACUGGAGCGCAAACUUCACUCAGAUGCUGGGCUUCGACAGCCACGAGUUCACGGAGCUCAUGAGGUUAUACCUCACCAUCCACAGUGAUCACGAGGGAGGCAAUGUUUCCGCUCACACUGUUCACUUGGUUGGUUCAGCACUUUCAGAUCCUUACCUGUCAUUCGCUGCGGGUAUGAACGGUCUGGCCGGCCCCCUCCACGGAUUGGCCAAUCAGGAGGUGUUGGUGUUCCUGACCAAGAUGCAAAAAGAGUUGGGAGACAAUGUGACGGACGAGAAGUUGAAGGAGUACGUCUGGAAGACAUUGAAGGGUGGGCAGGUGGUACCUGGCUACGGACAUGCCGUGCUGAGGAAGACGGACCCUCGCUACACUUGUCAGCGAGAGUUCGCCCUCAAGCACCUGCCCAACGACCCUCUCUUUAAGCUGGUGUCCCAGACAUACAAGAUUGUUCCCCCCAUCCUGCUGGAGACUGGCAAGGUCAAGAAUCCCUGGCCCAACGUAGACGCUCACUCUGGAGUUCUACUGCAGUAUUACGGACUGAAGGAGAUGAACUACUACACAGUUCUGUUCGGUGUUUCCCGAGCCCUGGGAACACUGGCGUCUCUGGUGUGGGACCGAGCGUUGGGUCUGCCCAUCGAGCGUCCCAAGUCCAUGUCCACCGACGGCCUCAUGAAGCAACUGAAGGCAGCUUAAACAUUUCACCUCGAUGUUCAAACUCCCACGAGUUUAGUGGACGAGAAACAAAGCAGUUAGUAUGUGUCUUGACUCAUUAGAGAGUUCCACUCAAGUUGAACACGUCGAUUCCCCGUUAAUUUACAAUCAUCCUGUUGUACUUUCCAAAUUUCCAAAAACACUGCCAGGAAAGAUCAUUGUUUCUAAACCAAAUGAUGCUUUUACCAAAUCAUUGUCGUAGGGAGUGUAAUUUAUUCCUCAUUAUUUAAUAGUUUUUUAUAUUGUUGAUUUUUAUUUAUUACUUCAUCUCAUGAUUGUGUAUAGAUGUGCUGUGCCAGUAUAUCAAAGAUUAACUUAUUGGUUGUUUUGUUGAUUUGUAAAAAUGUAUCAAAAGUAGGGUUAUGAAUAAACCUUUUUUAGAUAGUACUUAAAA